AAGCAGCAAAACUACAAAAACAUCAGCAGCAGCAACAACCAUAACAAACAAAAACUAAAUGUUCAAGUCCUUAGUGUGAAUGUUGGCAACAGUGGAGUGGGACGUUGGUUUAGCCUGUAAUAGGGGAUGUCGGGGUGUGAUCAAAGCACUGUCGAAUCAUUGGCUGAAGAUCCAACAGGUUCACCAUUCGAGGUCGAUGAUUGUCUCAAAGUUCGAAAAUAUUAUUGCUUUCUGCUCUCGAGCAUUUUCACAUUUCUUGCCGGAUUUCUCAUCGUCCUACUAUGGCGGGCAUUUGCAUUUAUAUGCUGUCGCAAAGAACCCGAGCUGGGACCGAACGAUCCCAAGCAAAAGGAACAGAAAGCAUCCAGAAACAAACAGGAGUUCGAGGGAACGUUUAUGACAGAAGCAAAAGACUGGGCUGGAGAGCUUAUAUCGGGUCAAACAACAACCGGUCGUAUAUUGGUCGUUCUUGUAUUUAUACUUAGUAUUGCUUCGCUCAUUAUAUACUUUGUUGAUGCAUCUAACGAAGAAGUCGAAAGAUGUCAGCCAUGGAGUACUAACAUUACUCAACAAAUCGAUCUUGCAUUCAAUAUAUUUUUCAUGGUUUACUUUUUUAUACGAUUCAUAGCGGCGUCCGAUAAACUUUGGUUUAUGUUAGAAAUGUACAGUUUUGUAGAUUAUUUUACAAUACCCCCGUCCUUUGUAUCAAUAUAUUUAGAUCGAACAUGGAUCGGUCUUCGAUUUCUUCGAGCAUUGCGUCUUAUGACUGUACCGGAUAUAUUGCAAUAUUUAAAUGUUUUAAAAACAUCCAGUUCAAUACGCCUGGCCCAAUUGGUGUCGAUUUUUAUAUCGGUAUGGUUAACAGCAGCGGGUAUUAUACAUCUGCUGGAAAAUUCUGGCGAUCCGCUGGAUUUUAAUAAUGCACACCGUUUAUCCUAUUGGACCUGUGUCUAUUUUCUAAUUGUUACCAUGUCAACAGUAGGGUAUGGUGAUGUUUACUGUGAGACUGUAUUGGGAAGAACAUUCCUGGUGUUCUUUCUGCUCGUUGGUUUGGCAAUGUUUGCCAGCAGUAUACCGGAAAUUAUUGAACUUGUUGGUAGUGGCAAUAAAUAUGGCGGCGAACUAAAAAGAGAACACGGAAAGAGACACAUUGUGGUAUGCGGCCACAUAACAUACGAAUCGGUGUCACAUUUUCUAAAAGAUUUUCUCCAUGAAGAUCGAGAAGAUGUCGAUGUGGAAGUUGUAUUUUUACAUCGAAAACCACCCGAUUUGGAACUAGAAGGUUUAUUCAAACGCCAUUUUACCACAGUGGAAUUUUUCCAAGGCACUAUUAUGAAUCCCAUCGAUCUACAAAGGGUUAAGGUCCAUGAAGCUGAUGCCUGUUUAGUGCUGGCAAAUAAAUAUUGUCAGGAUCCAGAUGCCGAAGAUGCUGCCAAUAUAAUGCGCGUCAUUUCUAUCAAAAAUUAUAGUGAUGAUAUAAGAGUUAUUAUACAAUUAAUGCAAUAUCACAAUAAGGCCUAUUUACUUAAUAUUCCCUCGUGGGAUUGGAAACAGGGUGAUGAUGUCAUUUGUUUGGCGGAACUGAAGCUGGGCUUUAUCGCACAAAGUUGUUUGGCGCCAGGAUUUUCGACCAUGAUGGCCAAUUUGUUUGCUAUGCGUUCCUUUAAAACGUCUCCAGAUACUCAGGCCUGGCAAAAUGAUUAUCUUCAAGGUACAGGGUGUGAGAUGUAUACCGAAACCCUAUCACCUUCAUUUACCGGCAUGACAUUCCCACAAGCCAGCGAACUGUGUUUCUCCAAGCUGAAACUUCUAUUGCUGGCCAUUGAAAUAAAAGGCAAUGAAGAUGGUGCCGAUAGUAAAAUCUCCAUUAAUCCCAGAAAUGCCAAGAUCCAGGCAAAUACUCAAGGAUUUUUCAUAGCACAAAGUGCUGAUGAAGUCAAAAGAGCUUGGUUCUACUGCAAGGCAUGCCAUGAAGAUAUCAAAGAUGAAACAUUGAUUAAAAAAUGCAAAUGUAAAAACUUGGCAGUUCAGCCCAGGAACAAGUUUGAUGAUUUAGAUGUGGGCAUGAUUAUGAUGCAGACUGGAAUGGUGAAUCAAGGCAUUACCUCAGCCAUUAAUCAAAUGGAGGAUGAUCACCAUCCUGCACCCACAUUUACACCACCAGAACUACCAAAAAGGGUGCAUGUGCGUCGAUCAAUAUCGGGUGAUAUUACAAGAGAUCGUGAAGAUAUGAAUCUUUUAAAUCGUCACAAUCGACGGCCGAACGGGUCUACAAGUAUGGCGCCGGGUAAUGGAACAACGGGUCUACAUCCAUCGGGGACGGUGAAACAAGUGAAUAAAGUCAAACCAACUGUAAAUAGACAACAAUUAGAGGGUCAGGUUAUGUCACCCUCACAAUAUAAUCGGCCUCCCGAAAACGAAGCUAAUCCUUAUGCGGGCUAUCAACUUGCUUACGAAGUUAAAAAGCUCAUGCCAACAAGCCGUAGCACCGGUACCGGUUCACAAAACCCCAAUGGCAGCGUCUCAUUGCCAGCCGGCAUUGCCGAUGAUCAAUCGAAAGACUUUGAUUUCGAAAAAACCGAAAUGAAAUAUGAUUCUACGGGUAUGUUCCACUGGAGUCCCGCCAAGAGCCUAGAAGACUGUAUACUGGAUCGUAAUCAAGCGGCCAUGACUGUCCUCAAUGGUCAUGUGGUUGUCUGCCUUUUCGCCGAUCCAGACUCACCUCUAAUUGGUUUGCGUAAUUUAGUCAUGCCUCUGCGUGCUUCAAAUUUUCAUUAUCAUGAAUUGAAACAUGUGGUCAUUGUGGGAUCAGUUGAUUACAUAAGGCGGGAAUGGAAGAUGUUACAAAAUCUGCCGAAAAUCUCGGUGCUAAAUGGUUCUCCGUUAAGUAGAGCCGAUUUAAGGGCCGUAAAUGUUAAUUUGUGCGACAUGUGUUGCAUAUUAUCGGCUAAAGUUCCUAGCAAUGAUGAUCCUACAUUGGCCGACAAAGAGGCUAUUUUGGCAUCAUUGAAUAUUAAAGCCAUGACUUUCGACGAUACCAUUGGAGUGUUGAGUCAACGGGGUCCAGAAUUCGACAAUCUAUCAGCGGCGGCGGGCAGUCCCAUUGUACUGCAGCGUCGCGGAUCGGUCUAUGGCGCCAAUGUGCCCAUGAUAACAGAACUUGUCAACGAUAGUAAUGUGCAGUUUCUCGAUCAAGACGACGACGAUGAUCCCGAUACCGAACUAUAUUUAACACAACCCUUUGCAUGCGGCACAGCGUUUGCCGUCAGUGUCUUAGAUUCGUUGAUGUCAACGACCUAUUUCAAUCAAAAUGCAUUGACAUUAAUCAGAUCAUUAAUUACGGGAGGAGCCACACCGGAACUAGAAUUGAUAUUAGCAGAAGGUGCGGGUCUGAGAGGAGGUUAUAGUACGCCGGAAAGUUUAAGUAAUCGAGAUAGAUGCCGAGUGGGUCAAAUAUCAUUGUACGAUGGUCCAUUAGCGCAAUUUGGUGAAUGUGGCAAAUAUGGUGAUUUAUUUGUGGCAGCAUUAAAAUCCUAUGGCAUGCUAUGCAUAGGUCUGUACAGAUUUCGGGAUACCAGCUCCAGCUGUGAUGCGAGUAGCAAACGUUAUGUUAUAACAAACCCACCCGAUGAUUUUUCACUACUGCCAACAGAUCAGGUAUUCGUUUUAAUGCAGUUCGAUCCGGGCCUGGAAUAUAAGCCACCAGCGGUACGAGCGCCUACCGGCGGCCGCAAUGCCAAUACACAAGGCUCCGGAGUCGGUGGGGGCGGUUCCAAUAAGGAUGAUAACUCUUGAUUGUUACUGUGUAGCGCCUUAACUGAUGGUCCUUACUCGUACAUUUGAACGAUGGAGAUUUCCCACAUGCACAAAUUGACACAAUUUUGGCGCCAAGCUCUUUACAAACUACUACAGAAAAUUAGGCUAAUACUGCGUUAUAUAAAGCAGAACUA